AUGCCUGUACCACAAUACGGAGCGCUCGGCCAUCUCUUCACGGCCGCUCGUGCCGUGCAGAUGGUCUGCCUCAUCGCCAUCAUUGGAAUGGCCAGUAAUUUCAUCGCCGAAAUUGUAGCUGUCCAGCAAGCACCGCACUCUGUCCUCAUCGGAACCCUCACAGUCACCUGCAUCGCAGCCCUUUACAUAAUCAUAAACUACAUCCUCUACUUCGAUAAUCAACUUUCCUUCCUUCUCUCCACGGGCGUCGACUCCCUCCUCAUGAUCGCUCUCAUCGUCAUCGCGGUCAAGACCGGCAUGCCUAUUUCCUACCUCCACUGCAACCAACUCUCAUCCACCGGGUCCACCUCCGAUUUCGUAGAAUCUGUCAAGGACAAUAUGAAGGCUACCAAUUACUGGGUCUGGAUUGGCGCUUCCAAGGCGAGCUGCUACGAGAUGAAGUCUAUCUGGGGCCUCUCUAUCGGGCUCUGUAUCCUGUUCUUCGUGACAGCCGUUGCGUCUGUCUGCAUGUGGAGACGUCAAAAGACAGGCGGUGCACCAGCAGCGCCGUAUAAGGAUAUUGAGGGCUAG